ACGAUUGUUUCCUGGUGUCAUCACUGUCAUGGCAGAUCAGCCAGAGAGAUUAAAGAUCAACCAAGUGUCCAANAGCUAUGGAUCUGUUCCUGAGAAUGAUAGACAAGAAGGACAAAGGGCCAAGGACACUCAAGAAGGACAUAGUGACAAUAGAGCCAAGUCCUCCCUGUGUGAGUAUAUCACUGAUCCACACUACUGGCCUUACCAUACCAUAUUCUUACUGCUACAAUGCUAUCUCUAUUUCUCAUUCUAUUACUGUUCUGAUAAUCCAGGUGGGUUAGAAGAUACAAUCAUCCAAGUGAUGAAUGUUGACACUACACAAUACAGCUUACUACUUUUUAUGUAUAGUGCACCAAAUGUUAUAAUCUGCCUCAUUGGUGGAGUAAUAGUUGAUAGAGUAUUAGGACGCAGACUGAGCCUAAUCUUAGUGGUAGCAAUGACAACCCUGGGCCAGUUUCUAAUGGCCCUUGGAGCAUAUCUUGGACAUUUUUGGCUCAUGUUGGUAGGUCGUGUUCUGAUUGGAGUUGGUGCUGAGAUGACUGAUGUAAUCAAUGUAGCAUUGGCUUCUAAGAGAAAAAAUGUCACGUUACGUCUCUCUCUCUUUUUUACAGCUGCACGCCUUGGAGGUUCAUGUACAUUAGCUGCUCCGCAAUAUCUUUAUGAAAGCCUAAGUUUUAUCACUAACUCUCAUUAUCGUCUUGGCACUACACUACUAGCUGGGGUUGGGUUAAUGAUUGUAGCAGCAGCAGUAACUAUUAUCAUUAUUUUUAUGGAUAUACGAGAAGAUGCAAUUCUUAAAAGGGAAAAAAUGAAAGUUUCGAUGAUUCGUUGUAGAGACAUCAAAAGCUUUUCUUUCCCAUUUUGGCUAAGCUUGGCUAUGAUCAGCAUAUAUGUUCCAGCAAUCUUUACCUACACUACUAUUGGAGAGGUAUUCUAUAUACAAAAGUUUGGGCUAAGUCCUGUGGCUUCAGGGGUAGCUGACUCACUUGUCUUCUCAGCAACUAUUCUAAUAGCACCAUUGGUAGGUUUCCUUAUUAAUGCUGUAGGUUACCAUUCCUCAUGGUCAAUAUUAGGUAUAUUAACUGCUUUGGCUGCACAUGUCACUCUACUGGUCAGUGGUCAACAGUGGUUCAUUCCCUAUGUGGCUGGUGUCAUUUACUCUUCUUCAUAUACAAUAACAAUGCCUUCAUUAUACAGCAUCCCUUGUAUCUUCAUCGAGCCAACACAGACUGCAACAGCCUAUGGAUUCAUACACUGUGCUUAUAACCUAGCAAUGUCAUUGCUGUCAGUUGUGACUGGCCUCUUGGUCGAUUGUGCUGGUUACUUUAUGCUUGAAUUGAUGUUUUCAUUACUUUUGUAUGCUAAUUUGAUAAUGUCUAUUUAUUUAUGGUUGAGGUACUCGUCCUCUGAUCUCAACAAGCUGGACUGCAAGAAGAAUGAUACGACAGAGAACACGUGAUACCAAGUAACUCAAGACACUUGUUUUAUACAAGGCUUUGCAUGCCAACCUUUUGCAUUAUUUGUAUAGUGAUGCUAAUAUUUUAUUUUUAGCUUUUAUUAUUAUCAUUAUAUCAUGUCAUAUUGACAAUAAUUUUUAUUUAUUCAUUCAUUUAUUCAUUCGUUCAUUCAUUUAUUCAUCCAUUCAUUCAUUUUACAUUUCACUUAUUUUACUAACUAAAUCUAGA